UCUUUUCUCCUUAUAGGCUUAAAACAUAUGAUUGAUUCUUCUUGAGUAGCAAUACAUAAUUUAUUAAGCACUUUCUAUUAUUCUCGAAAAAUAUUAAUAACGAAAGCGGAGUUGGAUUUACAUUAUUAUUAUAGUUUAUUUGGAUGAAGCUGGUUGUGAAAAAUGAUUCAGAUUCUGGUAGUAUGUUUACUUGUAUCAGGUAGCAUAGACCAAUCACUAGCACUCAUACCUCUAAAGCUGGGUCCAAGGAUCAUAGGAGGACAUGACACUAAAAUAGAGAAUCAUCCUCACCAAGUAGGACUGAUAGUCGAUGGCAGUUUUAACUGUGGAGCCUCCAUAAUCUCUCCCACUUGGCUUCUAACUGCCGCACAUUGUCUCUACGGAAUAGAAGUUAAUCAAAUCACAGUAUUCGCAAACUCAACUCUAAUCAAUUCAGGGGUAAUGGCAUCCGUAAAUAAAACAAUUUCUCAUGAGAUAUUCAAAUAUCCUUUGGAGGACUAUGACAUUGCUCUCAUACAACUGUCUGAGCCACUGGAAUGUGUUAACUGCAAACCAAUUGAGCUGGAUACCAUUGGUGCAAAACUAAACGACAAUGCUACAAUAACUGGAUGGGGAAAAAUUCGGGAGAUUGAUAUAGAAGCUCAUGACAUCCUACAAGAAGCCAAAGUACGCGUCCUGAACCAAACGAGCUGUGCAGAAUGGUACCUGGAGAGGUACAAGUACGUAACAGAGAGGAUGUUUUGCGCAGGUUACCCAGAAGGAGGCAUAGAUGCAUGCGGGGGAGAUUCUGGAGGUCCAAUCGUGGUAGGUGGAAAGCUUACGGGAGUGACAGCUUGGGGCUUAGGAUGUGCAGAGCCAAACUUGCCUGGAGUGUACUCCAAAGUCUCGGCUUACCUGGAUUGGAUCAAGAAACAUAGUGGAAUUGGCCAUUGACAAUAAAUUGUGAACGAUGAAUGACUUUUAUUCCUACCCAUUCAGUGCUGAUAGAUGUGUUCCAGAAAAUGAAGAGUUGAGAAAAAUCGUAUUAUUAACAUUUUAAAAUCGAUAACAUGCAAUUAUAUUGAAUCCUGUAAUUCUUCUGACAUGUUCUUAGAUGCUGUGUAGAACCAUGAAGUAUCAAAAUAAAUAAACGAU